AUGAUGUUCCCCGGCCUCCUCGCGCCCCCCGCCGGGUACCCAAACCUCCUGCGGCCCACGCCCACCUUGACUCUGCCCCAGUCCCUGCAGUCCGCAUUUUCUGGCCACUCCAGCUUCCUGGUGGAGGAUCUGAUUCGCAUCAGCCGGCCCCCAGCCUACCUGCCCCGCAGCGUGCCCGCAACCAGCGUAUCGCCGCCCAGGCAGGGGGCCCCCGCAGCCCUCACCGACACAGGGGCUUCCGACCUGGGCUCCCCGGGUCCCGGCAGCCGGCGGGGCAGCUCUCCACAGACGGCCCUCUCCCCUGCCAGCGAGCCCACGUUUCUGAAGUUUGGAGUGAACGCCAUCCUCUCCUCGGCACCCAGAACAGAAGCAUCCCCCGCCUUGCUCCAGAGCGUCCCUCCCAAGACCUUCGCCUUUCCCUACUUCGAAGGCUCCUUCCAGCCCUUCAUCAGAUCGUCCUAUUUCCCAGCGUCCUCGAGCGUCGUGCCCAUCCCCGGGACCUUCUCGUGGCCGCUGGCCGCCCGCGGCAAGCCCCGCCGGGGCAUGCUGCGUCGCGCAGUGUUCUCCGACGUUCAGCGCAAGGCGCUGGAGAAGAUGUUCCAGAAGCAGAAGUACAUCAGCAAGCCCGACCGCAAGAAGCUGGCGGCCAAGCUGGGCUUGAAGGACUCGCAGGUGAAAAUCUGGUUCCAGAACCGACGCAUGAAAUGGCGGAACUCCAAGGAGCGCGAACUCCUAUCCAGCGGCGGCUGCAGGGAGCAGACCCUCCCCACCAAGCUCAACCCGCACCCGGACCUCAGCGACGUGGGCCACAAGGUCCCUGGGGACGACGACGAGGAAGACGAGGCCCCGGGCAGCCCCCCGCACCGCCUGGCCUUCCACGCGUCCCCAGAGCCUCGGCAUCUGCGGGACGCGCGCCUCGACGGGCCGCUGCCCCCCUCGCCCGCGCACUCCAGCAGCCCUGGCAAACCUUCGGACUUCUCUGACUCCGAGGAGGAGGACGAGGAGGGCGAGGACGAGGAGGAAAUCACCGUGUCCUAG